GUAGAUGUGUUUUCGCUAUUCUACGUUUUACGUUGGGUAUUUUAUAUGACGGUAUCAUUUCCAGAGGUUGGAACAGGGAGUUAAGUUACGGUGAUCAGCCUGCAACAUGUUAGCUGCAAUAUGUUUAGAUUAUUUCGUAUUUUCUGCACUCGUUUUCAAUUGAAAAUACCCAACAUUUUAGUCAUGUAUGUGUAAAUGCGUUGACGUUUGCGUUAAAUUUUAUACUAUGUUACAUCAGUUAGUUGUUAUCAACAUUACUUGAGAUAACUGAAAAUCAAAUUUUUAACUGCAUAUGUAUAUAAUUCAUGUUAUGCAGAUCAUCCAGAUCAUACAGUGCGGCUCUUUGCAGCGACAAAAUGAACAAAUUUUUAAAGUAGAUGAAAGGUUAUGACGGAAUGGCAAGAGGAUGGAUUUGUACUACGAUGUUAAGACGGUGUUCCUCCCAUUUGUUAAAAACUUUUGGACUGUUGUUUGUGGUCUCAUUUUUGUGGAUCCAACUGCGCAUUGUAAACAUAAAGUCAGAUAUGUUUGUUUCGCACAAAAAUCAUUAUAGUGAUCCAGAACUUGCAUUCUUUGCCAAUUUUAGUGCCAUUGUAAAUUCUGUCAACAGCACGACGCCUGCUAAUCUCAUAUUGCUUUCAAAUACAAUAGAAGAAAUAAAUGUUUUACAAACUGUUGCAAACCUAGAAAAAUUUGGACCACUCAAUGAAAAUGAUGUUGUAAUUGUGAUACAAGUACAUAACAGAGCUCAAUAUCUCUAUGCAUUAAUAGAAUCGUUAAAGCAAGCACAAUAUAUCAAUCAAACCCUUCUGGUGUUUAGUCAUGACUUAUUUGAUGUUCAUAUCAAUGCCCUUAUACAGAGGAUUGAUUUUGCUAAAGUAAUUCAAAUUUUUUAUCCUAAUUCCAUUCAACUUCAUCCAAAUGAGUUUCCUGGUCAUGAUCCAAAUGAUUGUCCAAGAAAUAUGAAAAGAGAAGUGGCUUUACAACAAGGUUGCAAUAAUGCUAAAUACCCAGAUUUGUAUGGGCACUAUAGAGAAGCUAAAUUCACACAAACAAAGCAUCAUUGGUGGUGGAAAGUGAAUCAUCUCAUGGAUGGUUUACAAAUAACUAGUAAACAUAUAGGACCAGUUUUAUUCCUUGAAGAAGACCAUUAUGUUGCUCCUGAUUUUCUUUACCUACUUAGAAUGAUGGAGAAUGCCAGGAUAAUGAAGUGCCCUCUAUGCAACAUUUUGUGUCUUGGAACUUAUGUAAAAUCUUAUAACUAUGCUGCCUUUAGUAAAAAGAUAGAAAUAGUGAAGUGGCUAUCAAGUAAACACAAUAUGGGAAUGGUGAUUAACAGGUCAUUGUGGCAGCAAAUAAAAAAGUGUGCCAAGGCAUUUUGUUCCUUUGAUGACUACAACUGGGAUUGGUCAUUACAGCAUGUGAGUGCAACUUGUUUGCCAUCUCCAUUAACUGCCAUGGUUGCUAUUGCACCUCGCGUCUUUCAUAUAGGGGAAUGUGGUGUACAUCACAAAGGAAAAGACUGCAGCAGUGAUAAAGUCGUACAUAAAGUCAUGAGAGUCCUGGCUUCUUCAAGCCAACAUUUGUUCCCUACAUCGUUAACUGUUCACCAAAGUUUUAGAAAACCAUUUAAAGCACCAAAAGGCAAUGGUGGCUGGGGUGAUUCAAGAGAUCAUAUUUUGUGUUGUAGUCAAGUGAAAAAUUCCAGCGUUGACUGCUCCCAAGUAUAAUCUCAUCUAGUCUAUUGUGCAAUCAUUCUUUACUCUUUGUAUAUUUUAUACUUUACUAUCCAAGAUGAAGUCUACACAAAAUACUAAGUCUGGGUAAAAAAAAAAAAAAACUUUUUUGUGUCAUUUCAUUUAACAUGAUUCAUUUAGCUCUGCACUUAAAAGUUUAGAGCAAAAGAGAUUAUUCAUCACAAUAAAAAAUGUAUAAUACCAUUAUGAUGAUGCAUUUAAAUUAUUUAUGAUGAUCACAAAAAUAGGAAAGAGAGAAAAGGUGAAUUCUAAUUAUUCAUCAAUUUUAAUAUCCAGUUACUUUUUUGACUGCAAUAUUAUCACAAAAUAAUUCAAGUGUUAAACUUACUUUCAUUUUCACAAAAGAAAACUAUGGGAUUGAAAUGGAAUAAAUCUUGCUGUUUAAAACAAAAAAGGACAAAACUUUCAUCAAACUUUUCAAAUAAUAAAGUAUCUACAGUACCAAAUGUUUCACAAAAUAUAUUUUUGUAACACAGAAAGUUAAUAGUUUGAAUUUUGUUUCCUAUAACUGCAAU